AUGAGGACGCCCAGUCAAAUUGUUUUGUUUGCAGCAGCCCUGCCGCUUGCGCUCGCCAAAGAGCUGCCUAGGAACGAAGCUCUAGCAGCAGAGAAGUACGACAAUGGCGCCGUCCACGAAAGCAUUAUGCGUGCGAAGCACUCAUCGUGGGAUCGUCAACGCGCGGAAGGCCUUUUCGAGUCUUCACGCUACCAAUCAUCACUUGGUUACGUGCCUUGUGAGGACGGACUUGCAAUGGACCUGUACGACUUCAAGAGCCACGCCGAUCUUGGCUCUUUGACAGGCGAAGGUAGCAGCUCCUGGGGCUGGACUUCAAAUGACGGGCGCGAGUUUGUUGCCAUUGGGCAAGCAGAUGGCACAGCAUUCGCCGAAAUUUCCAAGGAAGGCCAAUUGGUGUAUCUCGGGCGUCUACCCCAACAGUCCGUCACAUCAAUCUGGCGCGAGAUACGAUCAUACAAGAACUACAUGAUUAUUGGGAGUGAGGCAGUGGGACACAAUGUUCAGAUCUUUGACAUGACCAGGCUGCUCAGCCUGGACCCUGCAUCUCCCACCACCUUCAGCACCACCACCGACCUUACCGGCCUCUUCACCGGUCUGCCAGUCGGAAGAUCGCACAAUGUCGUCGUCAAUGAGGAGCUCAACUACGGAGUCGCCGUUGGUGCGCAACCUCGAAACGACAGUUGUGCUGCCGGUCUGAUCUUCUUCGACUUGACCGAUCCCUCAAAUCCUACCACUCCAGGAUGUGCUGGGCAGGAUGGCUACGUGCAUGACGCGCAAUGCAUCGUAUACCGAGGCCCUGACGAGAGGUAUUAUGGCCGUGAUAUCUGCUACGGCUACAACGAAGACACCCUUACUAUCUACGACGUGACCGACAAAGUCGGCAUCAAUUCGUCUGUCGUCAUUUCCCGAACUUCCUAUGCCGGCGCAAGCUACAGCCACCAAGGUUGGGUACUCGACCCCAACUGGCAGCAGUAUCUGCUCCUCGACGACGAACUUGACGAGGUGGAAUUUGCUGGCCCUGCCGCAGACCAAUAUCCAGUGACUUAUAUUUUCGACAUCAGCCGACUCGAUGACCCGAAACAGACCGGGAUUUACAAGUCCAAGGCCUUUUCGAUUGACCAUAACCAAUACGUCUAUGACGGCUUGGUGUACCAGAGCAACUACGGUGCUGGCCUCAGGGUCCUUGAUGUCAGCUCUAUCCCAUCAGAUCCCACCGGAGGCAGCAUCGAAGAAGUGGGGUACUUUGACAUCUUCCCUGAAGAUGACCAAGCACCAAAUGGAGGUACCAUUGAUUUCGUGGGGACGUGGUCACACUUUGCAGGCUUCCAGAGCGGUUACAUCUUUGUCAAUGGCAUCGAGCGCGGUGGAUUCGUAGUGAAGAUGAAGCAAUUCGACAAGAGAGGCAGAGGGAAGCAGUAUGCAAAGCCUAGAAAUGUGUAA